GGAUCACCUGAGACCUCUCCCCAUCUGCCGCCCGUCCUCCAUUUUCCUGUCUCCGCGUACUCCCUGCCUCCAGUCCUCCCCUCUCUUCAGCCAUCCUCCCCGCCGCCCGCACCCUCUCCAUCCUCCACCGGGGUCGAGUCUCGUCGCGGCGUCUCUCCUCUUCCCCUCCCCCGCGCCAGCCCUUUGUUUCCCGGCGGAGCAGUUCCUGGGUUGCUAGAGUCCCUGUCUCCGCAUCUCUCCUCGCCCCGCCUCCUCCCCGCCGGGAUCCGCCCCGCCCGCAGCCUCUCCGCCCUUCUUCCCCGCCGCCUCGGCCCCGGAGGUGCCGGGGACCCACCUUCCUUACUCGCGUGCGCCCGAUUCCGCAGCCCCGGCGGGUCCCCCGGCCGCCGCGCCCCCGCCGCCCGCGUCUUCCUGGGAGGGGGUCAGGUGGGCGGGCACUAUUGUUGUGGGAGCCGGCGGCGGAUUCCUCAGCCGCGCUGGCGCGCUCGGGGUGGGACCGGCUGGGCUGGGGGGUGGGGAGGGGAGCGGUGAUCUGAGCUGCGAGCAGCUGGUCUUCGCGGCUCGCUCCUUCCUUCGCGCUCGCGCUCUCCGCCGCCGCCCGCAGGGCUGCGCGGCUCGGUGGCAUCUCGGGCGCGGCCCGCCGUCCUCGCACCCGGCGCCGCUCGCUCCCCCCACCCCACCCCGGACUCCCCCAUGUAUGACGACUCCUACGUGCCCGGGUUUGAGGACUCGGAGGCGGGUUCAGCCGACUCCUACACCAGCCGCCCCUCUCUGGACUCGGACGUCUCUCUGGAGGAGGAUCGGGAGAGUGCCCGGCGAGAAGUGGAGAGUCAGGCUCAACAGCAGCUGGAAAGAGCCAAGCACAAGCCCGUGGCAUUUGCUGUGAGGACCAAUGUCAGCUACUGUGGAGUUCUGGAUGAGGAGUGCCCAGUCCAGGGCUCUGGAGUCAACUUUGAGGCCAAAGAUUUCCUGCACAUUAAAGAGAAGUACAGCAAUGACUGGUGGAUCGGGAGGCUAGUGAAAGAGGGCGGAGACAUCGCCUUCAUCCCCAGCCCCCAGCGCCUGGAGAGCAUCCGGCUCAAACAGGAACAGAAGGCCAGGAGAACUGGGAACCCUUCCAGCCUGGGUGACAUUGGCAACCGGCGCUCUCCUCCUCCGUCUCUAGCCAAGCAGAAGCAAAAGCAGGCGGAACAUGUGCCCCCGUAUGAUGUGGUACCCUCCAUGCGGCCCGUGGUGCUGGUGGGACCCUCUCUGAAAGGUUAUGAGGUCACAGACAUGAUGCAGAAGGCUCUCUUCGACUUCCUUAAACACAGGUUUGAUGGAAGAAUCUCCAUCACCCGGGUUGCAGCCGAUCUCUCACUGGCCAAGCGGUCUGUGCUCAACAAUCCUGGCAAGAGGACUAUCAUUGAGCGCUCCUCCGCCCGCUCCAGCAUUGCUGAAGUGCAGAGUGAGAUUGAGCGCAUAUUCGAGCUGGCCAAAUCCCUGCAGCUAGUGGUGUUGGACGCUGAUACCAUCAACCACCCAGCACAGCUGGCCAAGACCUCGCUGGCCCCCAUCAUCGUCUUUGUCAAAGUGUCCUCGCCAAAGGUACUGCAGCGACUGAUCCGUUCCAGGGGAAAGUCCCAGAUGAAACACCUCACCGUACAGAUGAUGGCGUACGAUAAGCUGGUCCAGUGCCCACCAGAGUCAUUCGAUGUGAUUCUGGACGAGAACCAGCUGGACGACGCCUGCGAGCACUUGGCCGAAUAUUUAGAGGUUUACUGGCGAGCGACUCACCACCCAGCCCCUGGCCCCGGACUGCUGGGUCCGCCGAGCGCCAUCCCUGGACUUCAGAACCAGCAGCUGCUGGGGGAGCGAGGGGAGGAGCACUCACCCCUGGAGCGGGACAGCCUGAUGCCCUCCGACGAGGCCAGUGAGAGCUCCCGCCAGGCCUGGACCGGGUCUUCACAACGCAGCUCUCGCCAUCUGGAGGAGGAUUAUGCAGAUGCCUACCAGGACCUGUACCAGCCUCACCGCCAGCACACCUCGGGGCUGCCCAGUGCUAACGGGCAUGACCCCCAAGACCGGCUCCUAGCCCAGGACUCGGAGCAUGACCACAAUGACCGGAACUGGCAGCGUAACCGGCCUUGGCCUAAGGACAGCUACUGACCACCUCCUGCCCUACCCUGGCAGGCACAGGCACAGCGGCUGGGGUGUCCACCUCAGGCAGGUUGGAGUUAGAUUGGCAUUAGGCUGCCGUUAGGUUCAGCUCACACAACCCUCUGCCCAGCCCCAGGUCCAGGGCUGACUGUGGUCCCAAGGUUCUGGGAGAAGCAAGGGGCCCCCUCACCUCCUGGGCACAGUGACCCCGUAGGUUCUCAACCAGGUACUAGCCGUGUUCUACAUCCUUGGCACCUUCCCCUGCAUAAGAGGCUGCCCCAGUGGGCAAUGAUCUCAGGCCAGGAUCACUUAGCAGGGGCCUUCCAGCCAGAAUGGAUGCCCCUCUAAAUAGCAAGAGGGUGUGAGUGUGGGCAAUACAGCAUGAGGAAGAAACGUGGUUCCUAAGUAAAGGGACUCCAUUCACGUCACUGCCACACAUCAGAAAUGAAGCAAUCAGAGCUCAACAUGGCGGCACUUAUGUCCCAUCAGCUGGGGUGGGCGCUUACACCUAAGACUGGAGCAGUACAGGCGAGGCAGGACAGACAGACUCACAGCUGUAGCUCUGUUAGAAAAUGGCCCUCCUCACUAAACCAGGAAGCUUAGCAUCUGGCAAGACUAGGGAACUGGGGCAUAGUCAAGCCAAGAGCCAGCCUGGACUGCGGGGGAGGGUGGAACAGCUUCCGGCCCCCCUUGCUUUUCCCAUUCUUUGCCCUUGCAUCUGUCAUUUCUGUUCUUUCCUUCCAUGCCUCCUGCAAGAUAGGGGCUCCCUGACUCAUAGCUGCCACUUAAGUUAGGGUUAGACGAGAGAACAGGACUCAGUGGACAGCCCCAAGAGGCUGCCCACCUGCCUUCCCUUGCCUUAUGGCUCUAGCGUGUGACCUACAGAGCAUGCUCCAUUAAGAACCCGCCCCACCUCAUUGUCAUCUCCAAUAAAACACCGCACACAGUC